AGCUCUGGAUUCAGCAGGACCCGACCUCCUUGCAACCCAACCUGAGUGUUUCAGAUCAUUUCCGCAUUCUGCGCGCGUGCCAUUGCGAAAGGCAAUCGCCCCUCGUCUUGAUACACACAAUAACUCCCCCCAACACGCACACACCCCGAGUGAGUUGGGACAUUUCGCGGCCCUGCACUUCGCGAGUUUGAACUGUUCAAACAAACCCCCCCCCCCCCAACACACUCAGACACACAACUCACAAAUACCGAACGGUUUGUAUACAGCGCGCGCCUCGGAAUAACUGGAAGAGAAUCAUCGUCCGUGGCGGCCCCCACCACCACCACCACACUCUGCAACGAUGGACGCGUGGACAAUUGUGUAUGCCAUCGUGCCACCGGCUCUGUUUCUCGCCAUCCUCGGCCCUCGCAUACGGCGAUACUUUUCAGGUGGCAUUUGCACCAGCAAGGCUCAACUCAACGGCAAGACAGUGAUCAUAACUGGCGCCAACACCGGCAUUGGCAAAGAAACCGCCCUUGAUCUGGCCAAACGAGGUGCGCGUGUCAUCCUGGCGUGCCGCGACGUGGAAAAGGGCAACGCGGUGGCGGUCGGCAUCCGCGUGGAGACGCACAACCCGCAGGUGCUCGUGCACAAGCUGGACCUGUCCAACGCCGCCUCCAUCCGCGAGUUUGCCGAGCGCAUCAACAAAGACGAGGAGAAGCUGAACAUUCUGAUCAACAACGCGGGCGUGAUGACGUGCCCCUUCUCCAAGACGACCGAGGGGUUUGAGAUGCAGUUUGGGGUGAACCACCUGGGUCACUUCCUGCUGACUCACCUCCUGGAGGACCUCAUCAAGCGCUCGGCGCCCGCGCGCAUCAUCAACGUGUCCUCCCUCGCACACGCUUACGGCAGCAUUGACUUCGAGGACCCCAACUACGAGCGGCGCUCCUACAGCCGGCACGGCGCCUACUGCCAGAGCAAGCUGGCCAACGUGAUGUUCACCCGCGAGCACGCCCGGCGCCUCAAAGGCACGGGCGUGACGGUCAACUCGCUGCACCCCGGCUCGGUGAUGACUGACCUGCAGCGCCACUUAGGCGUGGUGCACGCCAUGCAACGCAUCCUGUGGCCGUUGAGCAAGUCCCCUGCGCAGGGCGCCCAGACCAGCAUCCACUGCGCCGUGGCCGAGGAGCUCGCCAACGUCACCGGCGUCUACUUCAGCGACUGUGCCCCGAAGAGCGUGUCAUCCCUGGCAAGCGACGACGCCGCCGCCCAGAAGCUGUGGGCCCUCAGCUGCAAGCUGCUUGGGAUCAAGUGGGACUAGGCAGGGGGCUCGUACUGAUUCUCCCGUUUUAAAUCGGGUUCUAUCCUGCCAGUAGAUGUGUAAUGAGAGAGCGUCAUCCAUUGGGUGCCAGAGGGUAACUGGGUACAGGCACUAUUAUGUAAUCGGCAUCCAAUCCUAAGAGGGAAUAACAUCUGGGCCAAAGGUUACGGGGAGGAGUCGAGAGAGAUGCUUUGGGAACCAUCGAGAAGGUUCCACGAGGGGGCGUGGCUAGAGGCGGAGCCUAGCUCCUCCGGGGAAAAUAUAAGCGGGCGCAGGGGAGGACUCGUGGUCGGUGUGGGGAGCCUGGGGUCGGACUCCGUCGCUGCGCGUCAUCUCCUCUGUUCGCCACCGACCACGUGGCGAGUGUCCCCAGUGAAGCUCGCCUCUUCUCUCCGGCGCGCCGCCAGCCAACGGCAAGACCGGGGGGGGGGGGGGGGGGGGGAGCGGAACGAACCUCGCUGGUGGACCGGAGAGAGACGCCUCGUACAUGGCGUUGUGAGAAGGGAAAUUACCCGGAGAGGGAAGGAGAGGAGCUGUGCAGUACUACAGUUAAUAAAGAUGCACUCUUGCAACAA